CCCUCCCCCUUUGGUCCUGCUGGAGUAGGGGUGUGCGGCUCCUCGUCCCGCCCCUGCCUCUGAGUGACAGCAGCGUGGACAGCUGCCCACCCGGCCGGACCCGCAGUUGGGCCGCCCUGGCUGUGCUACACUGAGUAAGAAAAAUCAACCAAGAAUGUAAUUUUUGGUGACUGAAAUUGAGUUUGCCUGGAAUGCAGCACAGCUUCUGAGACCUUGCUUUGGGAAACAUCUCUGUUUGGCUGCUUUCCAGAGUUUAGACUUGGCAGCAUCAAGGACACAGUGUAAGCAGGUAUUUGGGAGAUCAAAGAUGGGUAGAAAAGACUCUUCCACUACAAAACUUCCUGUCGAUCAGUACAGAAAGCAAAUUGGUAAACAGGAUUAUAAAAAAACCAAACCUAUUUUACGUGCAACAAAAUUAAAAGCAGAAGCAAAGAAAACUGCAAUAGGCAUAAAGGAAGUCGGACUCAUGCUUGCAGCCAUCCUGGCCCUACUACUGGCUUUCUAUGCUUUCUUUUAUCUCCGACUGUCCACGAAUAUUGACUCUGAUCUGGACCCAGAUGAAGAUUAGCUGAGCAGCAAUCAAUGAAGGAAGGGGAACAAUUAUGAUAAGAGCGCCCUUAGGGACAAAUAUUUUGCCGAUUUCCAAAACUAGAACGUUUUGAAUAUUUUCUCCUUUGUACUGUCAGUUUGCAGAAAUAUCUUUGUACCUAGUGGCAUGAAGUAUCUGGAGACUUUACCCAGCAAUCUAGAGUCACACAUGCUACUUGAUACUUUGUAAAUCAUUCUGCUCUGGCAGAUAACCUAUUCAUAAUACAGUUGAAUAACACAGUUUUCAGAUGUCUUCUCAGUUUGCAUGUAUAUCUCAAUUACAAAUCACUAAAUCUAUUUUAUCCUAUGUAAAUUGUAAGAAAAAGUAUCCAUUGUCAUUUAAAGAAACAUACUUCAAAUCAUAUUCAGAACCUAAGAAUGGACCAAAAGUGAUGGGAAAUUUUUAUUUUAUGAAGAAGCGUGCUUUCUUUGCAGACAUAUUUUAUUUCAUUAGGGAGACUUCCUGCACACACAUCCACAGAAAUCUUUUCCCUCCUUGCCAACUGUUAGUGCACAUGUGCUGCAUCAGAAAUGGCACCUGGAUGACAGAGGCUCAAAGAGUCACAUAUGUCUCUAAAGCAGGCAUCCUUUUCUCUUGGGCUGCCUGAACUGGUAUAAAUAGAAAGUUCCGUUGAUCUUGAUUUUAAUUAACUUAUUACCCCAUUAAUAUAAAAUUGGAAUUCUAUAUUAAUUAGGUUGUUCUGGCUGCCUGCAGUAUCAGUUUGCCUCUCUUGUUAGGGAGAUGUGUAACAAUCUGCCAUUUAAUUGUGCAGGGUUUUUCACACUGCAGAAUUAGCAGGAUGAACCUAUACAAAAUCAUUCUACUGCAUUGUCUCUUAAAUCUGAGCAUUAAAAUGGCUUUUUUAAAAUUAAA